CUGAGUGCACAGGACGGAGAGGUAAAGACAGGUGCAGCUUCAAGAUGAAUCGACUUGUGGUUAUCAUUGCGACUAUCCUUGUCCCCACUGGAUACAGUGCUGCAGAAGUUUUGUGGUGUUACCAUGAUCCUAGUUGUAAUGACACUACUUGGCCCACCAUUGCCAGUGAACAUUGCAACGGAUCCCGUCAGUCUCCCAUCAACAUCAUCUCCGCAUCAGCAGUGGGCGACGCAAACCUGGCUGAAUUCAAGUUCACCAAAUACGGAGACAACUCUACAAUGAAGAAUAUCAAGAACACUGGCGAAACUGUCAAAGUGACGCUCACGAGGGGUGUCCAGGUUACAGGUGGGGCCCUGUCUGAGGCCUAUGACAGCCUGCAGUUUCACCUCCACUGGGGGAAUGGUACCUCAGUACCUGGGUCGGAGCACACAGUGGAUGGAACACGCUACCCCAUGGAGUUGCACAUAGUAAAUGCCAAGUCUUCGCACGACAGUAACACGACUGCGGCCGUUGCAGACAGCACGGGACUCGCUGCUCUUGGUUUCUUCAUAGAGGCCAUGCCGGGUAAUGCAACUGGUUCACCAGCAGCCUGGAAUACUCUGACAUCAUACUUGGCCAACAUCACACUAAAAGAUGAUAUUGUAAACAUUACUCAUGCUAUUUCAUUGGAUGAGCUCCUGGAAGGGGUGGACCGUACCAAAUACUACCGUUACCUUGGAUCCCUGACCACUCCAAAUUGCAACGAGGCUGUGGUUUGGACCGUGUUCAAGGACCCUAUCAAAGUCAGCCAGGACUUGAUUGAUCUCUUCAGUACAACAGUGCACAUGGACCACAACUCCACCUCUGCCUUGAUGACCAACGUCUUCAGGAACAUCCAGCCUGUCAACGGCAGGAUGGUGACGACCCAGAGCAGCCCAACCACAGCCCCGCCAGUGUCAGGAGCCUCCACAAAGUGCUCCUCUCUGGGCCUUAUGGCCCUGGCCUGGAUGCUGCUGAGGGUUUAUAACAGUUACAGAAUCCUAUUUGAAAAUGAGUGUGGGCACGUGGGUGACUGGGUAGGCCAGGAGGAGAAAAUUGGUGAACAGAGGAUGCCCAGCACUGAGAGGAAGCCCAGCACUGAGAAGAAGCUCAGCACUGAGAGGAAGCUCAGGCAGGCAGGAGACUCCGGCAGCGCUGUAGAUGCGGAAGGCUCUGGCAGCGCUGAACAGGCGGUAGACUCUAGCAGCGCUGUAGAGGAGGAAGGCUCCGGCAGCGCUGGAGAGGCGAGGCGCACUAUGAAUCGACUUGUGGUUAUCAAUGCAGCUCUAUUUGUCCUCACUGCAAUCAGUGCUGCAGGCGGCUCGUGGUGUUACCAUGAUCCUAGCUGUGGUGACACCACUUGGUCCACCAUUGCCACAGAACAUUGCAAUGGAUCGCGACAGUCUCCCAUCAACAUCGUCUCUGCAUCGGCAGUGGGCGAUGAAACCCUGACUGCCUUCACCUUCACCAAAUACGGAGACAAUUAUACAAUGAACAAGAUCAAGAACACUGGCAAAACUGUCAAAGUCAAGCUGACGAGUGGAGUCCGGAUUGCAGGCGGGGCCCUGUCUGAGGCCUAUGACAGCCUGCACUUUCACCUCCACUGGGGGAAUGGUACCUCAGUCCCCGGGUCGGAGCACACAGUGGAUGGAACCCGCUACCCCAUGGAGUUGCACAUAGUAAAUGCAAAGUCUUCGCACAACGGUAACACGACCACGGCCGUUGCAGACAGCACAGGACUUGCUGCUCUUGGCUUCUUCAUAGAGCCCGUACCAGGCAAUGUGACUGGUUCACCAGCAGCCUGGAAUACUCUGACAUCCUACUUGGCCAACAUCACACUAAAAGAUGAUAUUGUAAACAUUACUCAUGCUAUUUCAUUGGAUGAGCUCCUGGAAGGGGUGGACCGUACCAAAUACUACCGUUACCUUGGCUCCCUGACCACUCCAAAUUGCAAUGAGGCUGUGGUUUGGACCGUGUUCAAGGACCCUAUCAAAGUCAGCCAGGACUUGGUGAAUCCUCUCAAGCUCUUUCAGAUUGAUCUAUUCAGCACAACAUUGCACAUUGACCACAACUCCACCUCUGACUUGAUGACCAACGUCUUCAGAAACAAAAAGCCUGUCAACGGCCGGGUGGUGACAACCCAGGGCAGCUCAUCCACAGCCCUGCCACCGUCGGGAGCCUCUACAACGAACUCCUCUCUGGGCCUCAUGGCCCUGGCCUGGAUGCUGCUGAUGGUUUAG